AUGCGGACCGUCGUCGGCCUGAUCGCCGUGCUGGCGCCCCUCGUGGGCGCCUCGGCCGGGUGUGAGGAGUGCUGCUCUCCGGGCGGCUCGUGCGACCACGCCUUCAAGCAGUCCCCGGGCAUCUGCUGCGGCGUCGAAGAGUCGACGUCGAUGUGCUGCCCAGCUACUGCAAACUGCUUUCGCUGCGUCUCCGGGAUGUACCGCUGCUACGCCCAGCACGCCGAGCCAUCCUGCGCAAUCUGUGGUGCCGCCGGCGACCCUCGGCCACAGAUGCGAGGGCCCGACCCAAGCGACUACUACCCGGCCGCAGUGCCUGCCCCGGGCGCCUACAACCAGCAGGCAGCGCCAUACUACCAGCAGGCGGGGCCCUACCCGACCGGCGGCAUCCCUGAAGGCCUGCCUGUCCACCAAGAGGGCUAUUCUGGCGGCGCUGUGGCGGCAAGUGCAGGCGCGGGCUUCAUCGGUGGCAUCCUCGCCGACCGCGCGGCGCAGGCCGUCUUCGGAGGAGGGGGCGAAGGAGGGGGCAGCGGUGCCGUCCCUGCAACCGCCACCUACGCCGACGCUGGCUUUGCCGCAGACACGGGCGGAGGCGACGGUGAAGCGGGCGAGUUCAUUGAGGCCGACGGGGGCGAUGAGUUUGACGCGGAGUAG